AUGGCUUCGAAGUGCGAGCCGCUCAGUCACUUCAGUGAUAGACUCUAUUUCACCACCUUCCCCCAUCCACCCCCAAGCCCGCAGGUCCUCAACGGCCUGUCUCCGGAACCUAGAAAUCAACCGCGCGUGCGUGCCCGACCCAGGGGUGGCCCCUCAGCAUCCCCCGAUGACAAUGCAUCCUACUACUAUUUCACGAUCGACGACCAACUCCUCUAUCUCUCCUUUUUUCAAGACUGGGGUCCGUUGAAUUUGGCGAUGGUUUACAAAGCGUGCAUUCUCAUUCACGAGCUCCUUGAGGAUAAGGAACUGGCGUCCUAUAGACUGGUGUUAUACUCCUCCGGUGAUCCUAGACGUAAGGCGAAUGCAGCACUGCUUAUGGCAUUAUAUGUUAUGAUCGUUCAACGGCGUGCACCCUGGGAAGCUUUCCAUCCCAUUGCCGAAGUAGAAUUCAUGCCAUUUCGGGAUGCAGGAAGAGGACCGUCUGACUUCAACCUCAGUAUCCAAGAUUGUCUAUGGGGUGUUUGGAAGGCAAUGCAGAAUGGGCUAUGCGACAUGAACGAAUUCAGCGUCGAAGACUACGAGUAUUACGAGAAGGUCGAGAACGGUGAUUGGAACUGGUUAACUCCCAAUUUCAUUGCGUUCGCAUCUCCUGUGGACACCAAUUGGAUUAAACGGGAAAAGGAGGCCAAGGAAGCAUCCAAGACGAACUCCUCUGGGACAAGCUCCCUAUCUUCUUCCACAAGCUCCAACCUAGCUCUGCAACGGAAACUUCCUACGCCUUUCCUAAACUGCCUUGACUACUUCGAGAAACGAAACAUCAAACUUGUAGUUCGCCUUAAUACCGAGCUAUACGACCGGAAUACCUUUUUGGAUCGCGGGAUCGACCAUAUGGAACUGUAUUUCGACGAUGGUACAAAUCCUACGGAUGACAUUGUGCGGACGUUCAUUGAUGUCGCUGACCGUGUCAUUGAGAGCGGUGGCGUUGUUGCAGUCCACUGCAAAGCCGGACUUGGGCGUACCGGUACACUCAUCGGAGCGUAUCUGAUAUGGAAGUAUGGAUUUACGGCCAAUGAAGCCAUCGCCUUUAUGCGAAUCGUGCGUCCAGGAAGUGUGGUCGGCCCGCAGCAGCAGUACAUGUACCUGAAGCAACUGGAAUGGGCAAAGUGGGCCGCAGUGGACGAGAUGAAGAAGGUCCAGUCUCAGGCCACAAGUGUCUUCAACACCGCUUCUCUGGUUACUCCGGCGACGCCACCCGCGGAAGCCGACGAGGAGCUCGACGCCAUGAGCACCACGCCACCGCAAAAUACGGUCUCUUUGCCCCCCGUAACGCCAAGUCGCCAUGUCGCUACGGCCGCGGCGAAGGCAGGCGCUAUUUGUCCUCCCGGCCAGCCUCGUAAAACUCCGAUUGCGAAGCGCGUUGCCCAAGAUUCCGAUGACGAGGACGAGGUUGCCGAUGUCUUGCCUGCCCUCGAUGUCGUGCCUGCAGCCCGAAAGAUCAAGCCUGCACCGUCCAGAGGUAUCACCUCAUCUGAGCAGCGUCCAACACGCGUCACAAGGUCUACCGCCAACGCGACUACCAUUAAGAAGGGUACCGCAACGCCUGCCGUUCCAGAAUCCCCCGUCAAAUCAUCAAGACAAGGGCCUAACAAGAUACCUCGAUUAGCAACGACCAGAACAACUGCUGCUUCGAAGGCACUGGCUGCCGCAAACGUGCAGCAGCCCUUAGGUCGACCACAGCGUAAUGUUGUCCCAUCUCCGACCCCUUCUCGCUUGCCAACGCUGAUACCUUCAAAACGACCUCAACAUACCUCGUCAUCGUCUUCGUUGACCGACGUCGCAAAUCUCAAGCGGAACCCCACCGCGACCGCGACCGACGCCUGGGUAGCUAACAAUACCGCGGCUAUUGUGGUGCCGGCCGCCAAGUCUGGCCGCCCAGGCUUGAGGAGUGUCCGUCGACGACGCAGCAGCUUUAGUUCUGCUGACGUUGUCGCUUGA